UUGCAGAGCUGCGGUGUGUCAGGACAGAGAUUCAUAUAUUACCCGUGUAAACUAUACAAGAAAUAAAUAAUUGCUGAAUCCUUAAAAAAUAACAAUUCUUAAUACUGAUGAUUUAACCUCAUGUGUGCGUUGUCGAUGUGGAAUUCACUUGACAUCGAGAAGGUGGAACGAGCCCAAAAAGAUUCGACUGCAAGCUCUGAUUCCGACAUCAUAAAAGAGAGAUUUCUGGUCGAAGAUUUGAGCUUUGUCAAUCAAGCAGAGCCAAGCUUCAGCAAUACUCCAGAAGAGAUUAAAAUAAUUGGUAAAGAAAUGGAUUACUCCCCCUUGAGCCAGAACCGUCAGGAAGGCAACGAAAUUUGCAGUGAAGAAGUAUGUAACAAAUUCUUCAUUUGGAAGUUAAGGUUUCUUCACACAAUCAUGGCUGCAGUCCUGGUGUUUGUGGGCAUGCAGCAAAUAGAGCGACCCGACGCUGCGGUUUGGAUUCCCUUGUUCACGGUGCCAGCCGUUAUCACAUUGCUCUCGACACUCAAAGUCACGUUCAUCGAUGGUGUGUGCAUGCGUUCGCUGGUGAGCGUGUACCUGGGCAGCGCGAUAUGCCUGCUGAUCUUCCUGGCUACGUCACUGCUCGUGGUCAUGGCUAAGCAGACCUACGACGUUACCUACAACCCUCUCAACUUCCAGGAGGGCAGGGAGAUGAUGGCCGUGGCAGUGUGCGUUGGCUGGCAGAAAUUCCACCUCUUCACGGUUAAAGAACAAGCAAGGGUGACCAGAAACCAAAAAGGCCACCAAAGACCGGCAACGGUCUCAGCUCAAGCUAUGCUGAAGCGCCUGCUUACGUUGAUUAUAAUUCCGGGGGCGCUGUUUUUUGCAACGUUGAGUGCGGUACGAUUCAAGGCUGAGAACAUGAAGGGCUGA